CCAACGUGCACCAAUCACAGCUCGCCAAGUAAAUCUGUCAACGUCUUCAUUGCAUGGAUGAACGAGAUUUUUCUAUCAUUUCAUUACAUUGAAAUUCUCGGCUGUUCACAAUAUAAGUGCGGCUAUUUCCGACUUUAAAAUUUAUAUUUAGACUGCUUUUCAACAGUGAAUAAUCAAAAAUGUGCAGAAUAAGCGUGUUUCAUUUAUUAUUCGUGGCAGCGGUGAUACAAGUUGCACUCGCACUGAAGGAAGGCGAAUGCGAGGUUUGUGUAAAAACUGUGGAGAAAUUCGGAGCCACGUUAGCAGACGAUGUCAAGAAGGACCCCAAGAAGAUAGAAAUAGAAUUCAAGAAGUUUUGUAAAGGUUCUAAGAACAAAGAGAAUCGGUUUUGUUACUAUUUAGGAGGGCUUGAAGAAUCAGCUACCGGUAUUUUAGGAGAGCUCUCAAAGCCACUGAGUUGGUCUAUGCCAGCUGACAAAAUCUGCGAGAAGUUAAGGAAAAAGGAUGCCCAAAUCUGCGACCUUAGGUUCGACAAACAGAUUGACCUCAAUAAUGUAGACCUGAAGAAACUGAAGGUUCGCGACCUAAAAAAGAUCCUGAACGACUGGGAUGAGGUUUGUGAUGGAUGCAUUGAAAAGACAGACUUCAUCAAGAGAAUAGAAGAACUGAAGCCCAAAUAUAUGGGCAGAUCUGAGUUGUAAAUUAGUACAAUAAUAAAUAUCUAGGUAAAUCGUGGGCCCAUUGAGAAUUUUGGACAUUUCAAGUGAAGAUCCAAGAAGCAAGAUCAACGUGUGAUGAAUGUGUCAUCAAGUGAUGUGGUCCUAGUGAUUAAUAAAUUAUUGCAUUUGAACUGUUUGUAUGAUGUGUACUUGAGAAGAAUGCAUGUCUACAAAACUGAUUAAAUUAUUAUUGUGUAUAAGUAAAUAUUUUUAACAAA